AUGUCGCUAUCGCUGAAUCACCUACCUCCCGAGGUGCUCCUGUGCAUCUUGUCUUUCCUCGACGUGCCAGAUCUGCUGCAGCUCAGCCGGACUUGCCAUGUCCUCCGCGACGUUGCUUGCGACCCUCUUUUGCAUCUCGAACGUAUACAUCAUGCCUCUUACACUCUGUCUGUUGCUCUGGCAAGGAGACCGCUCAAGUCGUCCAUAAGCCCACCUAAUUCUUGGAUAUGGCUGAGCAAGACAAAUGUCCUGUCGAGACAAAUCAGCAAGAGUCUGGUUCGCAUACGACUCAGUCACAACCUUGAACACAGACCAAGUCCGCGUGAUUUGGUGGAUCGGUCCAUCCUGCCGUCUACGUGCACCACAUACUCCUCCCUCGUGUCCCCGGCGCUGAUUCAGUCGCGGCAAGCAGUCGAACGGCGGCGGCUGAUGGACGGUCUCGGUAGGAAACUCGAGCGGAGGCCCAGUAUGAACAGUCUCAUAUCCCUGAACAUUAUGCCUGAGGAAUGCGCCAGGCGCAAUGUCUCGCCAGCGAUUGUGGCUACGCGGCGAAAGGUCAUACGGGAGAGUUUGAAAGAUGGUCUACGAGCCUGGGUUGAAGGUCGAGGUCUGCAGGCACAGAAACGCAAAGCGGAUGAGUUGGAGGCUGCUGAGGGAAACACGGUCAAGACGCUGGUUAGGCGGUUCGCGGCACGAAAGCUCGCGCUCGAGAGAGCAGAAAAGAUCGAUACUGUAAGUCUGGAGAAGAGAAGGGCACAGGCGCGAUGGGGAAGGGAAAUGGAAAUGGCUAGACAGGCCGAGGAAAAGAGGGAGUUGGCCAACGGUGGUUGCGUGCAUCCGACUCGGGCACAUGUUCUCGGUUUGAAAAAGUUCUGGGAAGGCGUCAUUCGAGCUGCAGCUGGAUGA